AUGGCUCGUUCAACAAUUUCCACUUUUCUUCUAGUCGUAUCGAUAACGAUAUCAUUGGUUGCAACAAAACCUAGUAUAGGAUGGAAUUCUAAUGGAAACGAGGAACUACCUUCAUUCCCUCCCGAACCUCCAUCUGAAUUGAAGAGCAUCUUUCCGCCUGUAACUUACGCUCAACUUGUCGCUGUUCAUCGGGAUCAAUCGCUAACAAUACAGCAAAAGAUGGUAAAAAUUGAUGAAAUUAUAAAUGCUCUACCGGAAAAUAUUUUGCAACAACUUCCUCUUCCACCAGCAUUCCGGUUACUUCCCGAAUAUGUCCAAGAAAUGAUAAAAAUUAUACGUGUAUCAAAAAAUAUUGCAAUGGAAGAUAAAUGGCUUCUGAUGAUACUUGUCAUUGAAUCACUACCAAAUGAACAACGAAAAGUGCUGCAACAAAUGAUGCCAAAUUCUCCAACGGAACCUUUAUUGGAAUUUAAACAUAUACUUCCAAAAGAUAUCUGGAAUCAAUUCAUUAGAAUUUAUCAGGAUGCUAAUCUUAAUAAUGCACAAAAAAUGAAAAGAAUUGAAGAACUAAUGGAUCGUUUGCCCGGUUCAAUUCGUCAAAAGCUACCACCAACAUCACCAUUUGAAAAAUUACCUACUGAGAUACAGGAAAAAUUGCAAGUUGUUCAUAUACAGCAAGGAUUAUCAGCACAACAACGACUUCAGAAAAUAAAAGCAAUUAUCGAUUCUUUGCCACUUGAAAUUAAAAAAUUGAUAUUUCCGCAGUAA